AUGAGUAAUGCUGAACGCGAAUCGACUAUAGAACCCAAUUUGGUGAUUACUGAGCUACGAGCUCCUGAAAAAUUCAUCACUGGAUCAUUGCUCGACGAUGAACGAUUACUGGUUGUGAAGGAUCGCGAAUUGUUAAUUUUCACUUUCCCAGUAGCUACAGAUGUCCCUAUACUGAAAUUUGUGACUCAAGCUCGUGUACUGGCGGUCUGGACGUGUCAAGACCUAGUGUCGAGCUCCAAAUAUACAUUAUUUCUUUACAGUUCUGGAGUUAUAGAGGCGAGGAAUAGCCAAUUGGAAAUUCUAGACACUGUAAGAGUGGGAGGGUUUGGACACAUUACUCAAAAACCUCUGGUGGUGACUGAUACAGAAUUCAAUCGUUUUUUUAUAACUUGGGACCGAUUGUCCAUUUCAAGAGUGGACUACCAUAUAGGGCCAUCAAAAUUCAAGCUUUUGGUAUCCAAAAAUCGUUUGAAAGAAGCAUUCAAAUGUCAGUAUCCAAUUGUGUCUCUAUGUGCUUGUCGGAACACCAGUGAAGAUCUGCAGGAGGUUUACAACAUGUGUGUAAUCUCACAAUCGCGGAACAGUGACAAUCCCUGCUUAGAGGUCUGGGAAGAGCUUGAUAUGAUUCGCAGUAAGUGGCAACCUAUCAUUAAGUCUAAGUGUCUUACGCUGCAAAAUAAAUAUUCAGCUGAGGUAUCGUUAGUAGCAAGAUCAAAUUUUGGUUUUAUAUGUGUGAUUGAUGGUCAAUCUAUUGUAUGCAAUACACAAAAAUACUAUCAAACGCAAAGACCUCAGCUGGACAUACUAGAAAUUGGUCCUGAAUCAUACUCAGACUUCAAAUGCCUAGAGUAUCGUGUCCUUUUUUCAUCUAAGCAGUUAUUGGGAGCAGAAUCAGACAUUCUCGGUUGUACCAGCUCCGGCCAUUUUUUUAGACUGAACUUCAAUCCUUCCUCCAACCAAAUUGACAUGGUGAAAUAUCUACCAUUAAACUUCUCACAUAUUCGAAAAGGAAAUUCUGACCUGAUCGAGAGCUUUAUGCUGUUGAAAGACUGUACUUACCUGAUUUCUACAAGUAGCCAAGAAAUUCUACUACUGAACUUGGAUGGAUCUUCACUAAUAAAUAAGUUCACCAUUACUUGCCAAAAAUCAGCGGUUUUGCACUCAAGUAUUUCUGGAGGUGGCGGAAACUUUUCACGUUUGCUGAUAUCGGGGGGAUCAUUAGGUAAUCGGGGCUUUCUGGACUCUACACACUUGGGUUUUGAAGAAUCCUUGCGUCUUGAAGCUGUAGCGGAAACUAUAGCACAAAACGUAUUUGAUUUUUGGUUAACAGAGCAUGGAAUCUACUGGGUCGACGUAAAGGGAAGUCUUUUUGAUGAAAAGGGUCUGCUAGAGGCGGAAAACAACCCAUUAUGUGUGAAUUACAAGGGUGAAGUAAUUCUAAGAAGCAAAGAAAUUUUCAUGAUCGAGCCUAUCCGGGGUUCUACCAACGAAGAAUUCAUGUCUAUCGAUGAGCAGGGAAUGAUUACUUGGAGCUCCACAAAUCUUAGGGCUAAAAUUCCCGAUUUUGCAAACGUGGCUACAGUCAAGUACCAUAUAUCCUCGGCAAAAUUACCGAAUAAUACGAUUUUAUCAGUGGUUGCAUGGAAUGCCCGGUCUAUAUGGUUUUUCGAUGCCGAUAGCAUAUCAAUACAUCUGCAAGGCUUAACUCAGAUCUCAAGUUGUUUGGUAAAGGUCAGUCAGUCGUGCACAACGGUGAUUUUUGCCGAUGUUAUGGGAAAUGUUCACGUUUACAACAUAGGCGGCACAUUAAGAUCUCAGCUCAAAGUUGAUGGCCACAGAAUUUCCUUACACGAUUUUCCUUUUUCUGAAAAGUUCUUUGCAACUUGUUUAGACAGCAUCUUCUUGGUUGGCAUCAACAAUAACGAAUUGGACGCAGCAGAAAUAACAAUGCCUAUACGCAUGAAGCAUAUGAAAGUCGUUUCUGCCUCAAAAAUAUUUCUUCUAGGCAACGAUUCCGCUCUGUAUGAGGCCGACAUUACAAAAUUUGUGCAUGCUCGACAACAACUCAUCAAAAAGUCAUUAGAAAGCCACUUAUAUAUUAUCACGAAACAUUUGACGUUGCAAAAAUCUCGCCGAUUUGUGAUAACAAGCGCACUGGCAAACAAUUUCGACAAAGCUCGUGAAAAGACCAUCUACGACUCAGAACUUCAAGUUUAUGACGUAGCCCUAGGCCAAUUAGUAAACAGAUACAGCAUCACUUCAUUGUUUCCACAAGCUAUUAUUUCCGAUCUUAUUGGCGUCCCUUUUAAAAAGGACGUGAUGUGGAAUAAGUACCUGGAUACUGAGACAUCUUUUGCAAAACAGCUCAUCUUUGCAAAAUGUUUUCUGGUCUCAUUGAAUUUCGAAUUUGCUGAAGACGAGCUAGAGGAGAAUGUGUUGCUUUUCACUCUUGAUGAAGUUACAGGGGAAAUUGAGCUACAACUCAAAACUCGACUCAACUUCAACGUAACUUCACUGCUCAAUUAUUCAAAUCGCAUAAUCUUUGCCUUAGGAGAUAGUGUUCAAGCAUUCCAACUAGGUUAUUCGGCAAAAGAGGGAUCUUUUAGUCUUAAGCAAAUUUCCAAGGCACUGAAUUUGGAUGGAUAUAUUAGCGGAUGCUUUCCUUUUCCUCCACUGGACAGUCUGUUGGCUACUUCGGGCCAGAAAAAAAGGCAGAAGUUGAACGACCUUCGAGAGAUCAUUGGGGUGCAUAAUAUAUUCAAAGGGAUACAACAAAUAGAAAUACGGGGUGAAGUAUCAGCUCACGCAAGCACGGAAGUCUUGAGCUCCAACUUGAAGGAAAUAUCUCUCAAACAUUUACCUAUAUCUGAAUGUGAAGAGCUCGCAAAACCUUUCAUAGAAACACGAUUUUUGUCUUGCGCUCAGUUUGGAUUUGAUGAAGAUGGUGGGAACGUUACCGCUACGUAUUCUGCUGCAAUGAACGAUGAAGGGCGACUCUCUGUUAUCUACGAAUUUUCAAAUUCUUUGGAACCGCUUUCAAUUGCUCGCUUUGAGAUAUCGCAUCAGAUAACGAGUAUUGGGCUAGUCAAGAUUUCGCCCAAAGGCGAGUUCUCCAAUAAGGCUUACGGAAAGGAUGCAUGUUCGCGCACCGAUUUCAAACCCAUGUUUCUCCUCAAUGCCACCGAUGGCAGUUGUUAUCUGGUGAGCGCUAUCACCUCAGCAAAAACGCUAAAACGUUUUGAGGAUGCAGCGAUAAGGAGCGACAACGAUUCGGUUUCGCUAGUCGACAGUGACGCCUUUCAGCUCUUUGAUGCAAAUCACAAGCUUGCUGGUGACGUGCGCUACUGUCUAUUUGGAUGA